UUUUAUUGGAAAAGUUGAUAUUAUAUUUAUAAAUAUUUACAUUAUCCAGAAUAUAUCUAUUCAAAUCAAUUUAUAAUCUGGAAAAUUUGAAAUUGUUGUAAAUUAAUUUUUAUUUUACAUUGUAUUCAUCGUGCAGAAGUAGAUAACUAUAUACAUUUAUUCGAAAAGUUUAUUAAACAGUAAAAAUAUUAAUUUUUUGUAUACAAAUAGAUAUUACUAUAAAAAAAAAAUUUUGAAAGACGUAUUUAACUUGUUUUUAAAUUUUGUUUUAAUUCUUUUUCAUACCUUUUGAAAAUUUUUACGCGAAAAAAGAGUUAUGUGAGUUAAAUUAUUUAUUAUGAAUAUUAAUAUAAGUUUUUUAGCUCAUGGCGACAGCACCCUGACUUUAUCAAAUAUGUAUUUUAUUGGACGUUCAACAUUAUAUCAAAUCAUUAGCAAUGUAUGUGAAAAAGUAUGGGAAAUUCUUUCGCCUAUAUAUCUACCAGAGAAAAGCGUCGACGACUGGAUUAACAUUAGCAACGAAUUUGAGAGAAAAUGGAAUUUUCCAAAUUGCUUAGGAGCCAUCGAUGGAAAACAUAUCAGGAUAAAGAAACCACCUGGAUCUGGUUCACUUUUCUUUAAUUACAAGAAAUAUUAUAGUUUCGUUCUAAUGGCCCUUUGUGACGCUGACUACCGUUUUACGUGGAUCGACGUAGGAGAUUAUGGAUCUUUGAACGACUCGAGUGUUUUUAAUGCUAGUGGUUUUGGCCAAGAAUUAGCAGAAGGAAGGUAUCCCCUACCUCAUCCGAAAUGUUUACCUGGAAGUAAUGAAAGCAUUCCAUACUUCUUUAUUGGCGACGAGGCAUUUGGUUUGCGCUUAUAUUUAAUGCGUCCAUUUUCAAGAAGAAACGUUACCCUAGAUGCUCAAAAAUUAUUUAAUUAUUGUUUAUCUCAUGCUCGCAUGUCUAUCGAAGAUACCUUUGGAAUACUAGCAAGCGUUUGGCAAAUCCUUCAUACGUCUUUAGAUUUAAAAUUAGAAACAUCGAUAAAAAUAGUACAGUGUCUUGCUUGUUUACAUAACUUUUUAUUAACGAGCAAAAUAAAUGAAAGCGCUGAAAAUAGGCAAUAUGUAACGGAAGAUGUAUUAAGAAGAAUCAGAGAAAGAUACAGUUCUAAUAAAGAUAUCGACCUGAAUCUUGAAGCUAAAGACAACGAUAAUGCUUUUGAAAAUGAAGAAAUCGAACAUGUUGAAGAUGAAGAUGAGUAUGAAGGAAAUGGAAUAAACAAUUCUCACAUAAAUGGACAAAAAAUGAGGAACAUUUUAACUUCUUAUUUUGAAAGACAGAAUAAUGAAGUCACUUAGACUUUAAUCAUAAACAUAGCUUUUUAAUAUACUUUGUGUUCAAUGAGAUUAAAAAAUG